CCAAAGCCCUAGCUACCUGGCUUGGAAGUUGAGAGCGUCAGGCUUGGAUCCAGAACCUGAGUUUUCAGUUUCCGAUUUGAACAGAAGAAAGUAGAAGAAUUGAAAUGGGGAGUAGGGUUCCGGUGCAGCACUACAACAUGAGAUCGCCGCCGCCGAGUUCCUUCAUCGGCGGCAGCCCUCUGCACGACCUCAACAACAACGCCGUCGAUUCCCGCUCCACCAAGCUCGAAUCGAUCGGCGGCGGCGACGCCGUCGUCAACGACAGCCUCGACAACGACGACGAUUCCAGCGCCGUCGUCAGCGACUGUAUCCACGAGUCCUACUCGAAUUCUCUGCCGAUUCACGGCGUCGGAGUGGAAGAAGAGCGGUCUAGUCUCGACAACGACGGGUCGUCUAGCUCCAGAGCUCCGUACGACAUUUUGUCCCUUCAAGAUGUGUCACCUAUUGAAUCAUCAAGGGCUAGAUUUCUGCAACUUGUGGUGGAUCAUUUUAUUAGUGAACAUGUGGUCGAAGCGAUUGAUAGUGAGGGUGGUGGUAAUGAUUAUAGUGCUCAGUCUGGCCAAGAUAAACUUAAUAAGAGGAAGCAUGGGGAGGUACAGCUUGAAGGAGACCCGAGGUUCGCUUUGCCAUUGAUGUAUAUUGCAAAUAUGUACCAAACUUUGGUUCAUGAGGUAGACACUAGGCUCGCUUCCGUGGGUGGAUUUCGCGAAAAGACUAUUGGUGUUGCUCUUGAAGCAGCUGGUGGUUUGUAUAGAUUGCUGGCUAAGAAAUUUCCCAAGAAAGGAUCAUGUACAUUUAAGAGAAGAGAAUUGGCCACUUCUCUUGAAACGAGGACAAGAUUUCCAGAGUUGGUCGUACAAGAAGAGAAGCGUGUCCGUUUUGUUGUAGUCAAUGGUUUGGAUAUUGUUGAAAAGCCAAAUAGCCUACCUAUUGAUGAUGCUGAGUGGUUCAUAAGAUUGACUGGUCGGAAUGAAGUGGCUGUCUCUUCUCGAGACUUUAAGUUCUACUCUCCAAGACACAAGUAUAGGCGUGUUCCAUCAAACUCUUCGCCUAAUAUGAUGGGUUUACCUACGUAUCCUGGCCCUGACAAUUCUUCCAUGUUGGCUGCUGCCCAAGGAUUCCGCUCAGUAAAUGAACCACAAAAUCAGCAGGAGACUCCAUCAAAGCAUCAUCAUAUGCAACCUCUGUCACUCCAACCUCAGUUUCAAACUGUUCACCAGAAUCAUCACCAAUCAAUGCACCAAAGUCAACACACUGUUCACUAUUCCCAAAACCAUGAAUGCGGUCCAACCUCGCACCUGCCUGAAAUCCCUCAUGCUCACCAUUCGCCAACCAUAUCGCAACACAUAGCUUGCUUACAACACGUAGGGGGACGCUUGCAUGUAUUGCCAUCCAACCCUGCCAAGUUUUGUGAUGAAUGCGGAACCCAGUACUUGAGAGAAACCUCCAAAUUCUGCUCCGAAUGUGGUGUCAAGAGGUUGGGUAUCUAAUCUGAUCUGGUCCAGCCUGACGUUUCCUUUUUGAAUGUCAUAUUGGUUUCAGAACAAAGCCUCAUUGUAAAUUUGUAAACUUAUAUAGCUCUUCGUGCAUAGCCAAUGCAUCAUUUCACCAUUGAUGCCUCUAUAGAAUGUUGCAAAGCCAAUUUGUUGGUAAUAUGUCACCAUUACAACAUUGAAUCA